UUACAAGGCAAGACACCGCCGACUUAUAGCUUCGUCGCCGGAGAGACCGACCUUAUUAAAUUCUAUAUAUAUAUAAAUGGCUUGCCUUCUUCUAAACCCUUUCUUCUUCGUCACUGUCACUGUUUUAGGGUUCUCGUUGCUCUACCAUUAUUCUACCCUUACCUUGCCAUCCAUCUGAAUAAAAAAAUUCAUUAAGUGACACUUACUGGAGAAAGAAAGUGGAUUUUUCUUCUCUGAUUACUUUUUAUCAAGGCACCAAAGAUGAAGACUAGUCAUCCUGCUUUUUUCGACGCUGUGAUGUGUUGCUAUCUCUAGGACUGCUAGAGAUUUAGACGUGUUAGCUGAGUUUCUGUUCAAGGUUUUAGGUUUAGCUUUGUUACUAGAUAGACAUGGAAUCAAACUUCGUCAAGGUGUUGGAUAGUAGUUUCAAAGAUGGACCUGGAAAAAAGAGAAAGCAUCCUGAUUACUGUGAAUCUGGGGGGUCAUUUGCAAAGCUGCAAUGUGUGCUCUCACCAACCGAAAAGCUUAAUAGUGGAAACAAAGUUAAUGCUUCUGAGAAUCUCUCUGGCAAGUCUCUGGUCAGAUACUACUCUUACUUCAAGAAGACAGGAGUGCCAAAGCGUGUGAUGAUCUAUGAGAACGGCGAAUGGACUGACUUGCCUGACCACGUUAUCUGCGCUAUCAAGAAAGAUCUUGAAGCAAAGAGAGCUGCUAUAGAGGUAAACUGGUCCGGCCGCUGUUUUGUUCUUGAUUUCUUACACAUGCAUCGCCUAGACUUGGAAACAGGUGUAAGAACCCACCUCGCAUGGAUUGAUAUAGCUGGAAAAUGCUUUUUCCCCCAAGUUUAUGAAAGGGACCGUGAGGAAGAUCAAUGUGAGAUCAAGCUGCACCUUGAAGUUGAUGUCAAUGGUGUUGUUCAGCCAUCUUUGAAUGAGUCGUCAGAGGAUAGCUGCAGCCUUGGGACUAAUAUACUCUCUAGCGUCAAGCCUGAUGAAGAAGAAGAAGUUAAUAUAGAUGCUGUCAAAGAAAAGUUUGUUUUAGGUAUGGCCACUCUAGGCCAUGUAGAGUUGCUUGAUGCGUAUCGUUUCUCAGGUGACACCGCCAAAGAUCGUCAAUCUCUCUUUAACAAACAAGCUGACAUCACUAAGUUACGCCGAGGAGAUGCAAACAUUAGAUACGCAUGGGUGCCUGUUAAGAAGAAACUAUUAUCUUCAGUCAUGAAGCAUGGACUUGGAGUGUGUGGAGAGUUCAUCAAAAAGUCUAAGUAUGGUGUUGGGGUUCACUUAACCGCUGCAAACUGCCCUUACUUCAGUGCUACACAUUGUGAUAUUGAUGAAAACGGUGUGCGUCACAUGGUUUUGUGCCGUGUGAUAAUGGGGAAUAUGGAACCUCUUGGUGGUGAUAGAGCGCAGUCCUUUACUGGUGGAGAAGAGUAUGAUAAUGGAGUUGAUAAUGUUUUGAGUCCGAAGCAUUAUCUUGUCUGGAACAUGAAUGUGAACACUCAUGUUUAUCCAGAAUUUGUAGUUAGCUUCAAGCUGUUGUCUAUCCCCAAUGCUGAAGGGGAUUUGCUUUCUGAGAACUCACGGCUCACCUUGAAAGGAGCCAAAGGUUCUGUUUCAAAUCAGGGGACAGGGAGGGUAACAAAUGGAGACAAGAGUGCCGGUUCUGCUUUGAUGCCUUACCCUCUGCUCUUCAAUGCAAUGUCAAGCAGAGUUACUCAGGAAGAGAUGGACUUGAUCACUGCUGAUUACCAACAACUUAGGGAGAAGAAGAUUUCUAGAGAGGAAUUCUCAAGGAAGCUGCGGGUGGUUGUUGGAGAUGAUGAUCUGCUGAGAACCACCAUAACAUCUCUUCAAAGCUUGCCAUCAGUGAAAAUGAAACCGGUCACAGGUGGCUAUUGAAGAUGUUGACGACAUUUUGUUAUGGGAGAGGGAUUGGAAAAUGCGUCGACUUCUUUGUUCUAUCGUGAAACUUUAUGAUUAGAGAUUAGGAGGAGAAACAGCUAUCUUAAGAACAAUACUAAUAUUGCUAUAAGUUAAAUUUA